CUCGCUCCUCCGCAUCGCCAACUUUCGCCCCUCCCAUGGAGAUCACCAGCAGCCGCACCACAACGGCACGUGCGUGUCGCAGCCGGUCCGGAUGUGCAUAUUGCAAGGCCCGGAAGCGGCGAUGUGGAGAGGAACUCCCAGCCUGCCAGGCCUGCCGGAAGCGCGGACUGAAGUGCGUCUAUCCGAGUCGGGAUCCUACCGAUCGCGUGUACCAGUACCAGAUUUCACAAGGACGCGGCUAUCAUUUCGUCCCUAUCGACAAAAGGUCCUCGUGUCAAUUGCUUAACGUCACCGAUCGCGACGUUGCGCGCUUCAGUGAUAGGUAUUUCGAUGAUUCAAAUGGAGAUAUCGACGCAGAGCCGCCUCCGCGCCCAAGGCUGGGCGGCACUACCCGGCUCUUGACCUUUCCCGAGAUAAACGAUGUCCAAAAUCAACUACUACAAUAUUACACCGAGGUCAUGUGCAAGUGCCGUGUGUUUGAGGACGGUGCUUGCAACCCGUUUAGGUCCAUCAUCCUGCCCUUGUGUUAUGGGUCAAAUCGGUCGCUCAACGCGGUUCUCGCCUUGAGUGCCAACGAUCGCCGGACCGCCGCCGCUUCCGCCGUUGACUACACGCGACUUUCUCUGCAGUACAAGAACAAAGUACUGAAAGAGUUGUUUGACUCAGUUUCCAGGGCAGAUUGUGCAAACGAAAACGUCAUUAUCUGCCUCCUUCUUUGCUCCUUGGAAAUUGCAGAUGAAAUCCAGCCAGUGUGGGUCCGACACAUGCAGGGCGCCUACGCUAUCAUGGAUAGUUUCAGCUCGUUCAUUAACAACGACAUCCGGUCAUUCGCAUUGUCAUACUUUGAGCCUCGAAGGACUUAUCUACUUACCGCCGGCUCUGAAAUCCUCAUGGAGAAUCAGAGCCACAGCGCCGAAAUCAGUGGGGAUCUGAUGCACAUGGGCUGCAGCCCGCAGGUCGUCGACGUCGUGGCGCAGAUAACCAGACUUGCAAACACAAAGCGCGAACACCGACAAUCGGGUAAUUCGUCGGCCAAUUUUGAAGUCUGGUCUUAUGAACGCGGUUUGGCCAUUCGUGCCCGACUGGACUCCAUAUCCCAUCAAGGGUCUUCGUAUCUGGUUAGUUGCGCCGAAUGCUUCAAGAUAGCAGCGCAAAUGUAUCUGCGGCAUGUCAUCUUCGAUGCACCUCUGGGCAGCACAGAGUUGCAAAACCUAUUACAGCAAUUCUUCCAUCAAUUCGCAGAGAUACGCUAUGAAGCAAGGACCCUGUUUCCAAUGUGGCCUCUCUUCCUCGCUGGAUGCAUGUCCACAACAGACGAAGAACGCAAAACGGUCUUACGCUACUUUGAAACGGUUGCCGUUUUCUGGCCCGUCAGCAAUGUCCCACGGGUCCGGGAGUCUGUGGAAGCAGUCUGGAAAGCCAGAGACCUCGGCUCUGGCACUAGAGAUUCCCUCGACUGGCAAAAAGCCAUCGACAGAUUGGGAUGGAAGUUGGCACUUUCGUGAUGGAGUUUGGGUCGCAGGAUGUUUCCAAGUCAGUUGGUUUGUUUCAUCAUGUUCUCGCAUUA